CUUCCGUCCGGUACCCUGUUUAUUUUGAUUUUCUUGGCUAUGGUAGGCCAGCUAGGAUGCCACGACAUGAAAGGGGUCUUCUGGCUUUUCCGCACUUUGUUUUUAUUUGGACCUGUUUUAAAGGUUGUUUGUGAUGACUUUUGCUGGAGAGAACCCGAAACUGAACGAUUUGGACGUUUUGUUUUGGAAAUUGUUGGUGAUGACCGUCGCAAUGUACCCUGCUGGCUUGAGCAAAGGCGAGGUAUUUGUUCAGCAGAAGAAACGAAAGCGAAAGUAGGUUUUGCCACACCAAUAUCACCCCAUUAUGAUUGCCUUCGAAAUCCCGAGAUACUGUACAGUUCGUUUCAGGAAUGGCUUACUUGUUUCCGUCAAUCUUUAAAAGAUACUUUCCCAGUAGACAAAGUUAAAGGAAAUUUUGUGCGGACUGUCAGGAAUGCUUUGUUUUCACAUGUGAACCCCACUGGGCUGAAGUCAAAUGUGAAACUUUGUUGCGCGUCUAAAGCUGUCUUGACAGACUGCCUUGACUUACAUCCAACAGUGACUGUUACUGAUCUAUUCAUUGACUUUAUGAAUGGCAACAACAGGAGCGGUUUAUUUCCACCUUCUCUUGCUCAUCGUUAUGGUGGUCACCAAUUUGGUCAUUGGGCUGGUCAGCUUGGAGAUGGACGUGCCAUUCUCUUGGGCGAUUAUCAAAACAGAAAAGGAGAAAGAUGGGAACUCCAAUUGAAAGGAUCUGGCAAGACUCCUUAUUCCCGCGCUGGGGAUGGUAGAGCAGUUCUGAGGUCCUCAGUGAGGGAGUUCCUGGCUUCUGAAGCCAUGCAUUACUUAGGUGUCCCUACUUCAAGAGCUGCCGCUCUAAUUGUCAGUGAUGAUGAAGUUGUCAGAGAUCAGUUUUAUGAUGGCCAUCCCCUACCAGAGAGAACAGCCAUAGUACUGAGGCUUGCUCCCUCUUGGUUUCGCAUUGGAUCACUGGAAAUUCUUUCUUAUACUGGAGAAACAGAAUUAUUGAGGUUAUUGCUCGAUAAUGUGAUUAAAUCUUUCUUUGUGAAUAUCGAUAUCAAUAGUCAAGAUAAAUAUCUGAUGCUGUUUCAAGAAAUAGUUAGCAGUACUGCACAUCUCAUUGCUCAGUGGCAAGGUAUUGGGUUUGCACAUGGAGUUUGUAACACUGACAACUUCAGCCUUUUGUCAAUUACAAUUGACUAUGGUCCUUUUGGAUUUAUGGAUGCCUACGAUCCCAAGUUUGUUCCUAAUUUUUCAGAUGAUGAAAAAAGAUACAGUUUUGAGAAUCAACCCGAUGUUGGGUUUUUUAACAUGGAAAAAUUGCUCAGAGCAUUAGAACCAGUUUUACGGAAUCAACAAAUAAAAUCUGCAAGUAUUAUUUUGAAAGGGUACGUUGAGCUAUAUAAAAGUUUCUUUUUAAAAGUUUUUGCAAAAAAAUUUGGCUUCAACACUGUGAAAAGACAUGAAGAUGAAAAUCUAAUAGCCACAUUUUUAAAGAUACUUGAGGAUACUGGAGCUGAUUUUACAAUGAGUUUCCGAGAGUUGGGGGAAAUUUCUUUCAUGAAUCUCACGAAGGGUGAAAUAAGUAAAAGCUUUUGGGCAUUGCGUGUGAUAUCACAGCACGAAUGGUUUCAACAUUUUAUAAACCUCUAUAAUAUAAGACUCAAAUCAGAGGACAUUACUGAUCAUGAAAGACAAAAACUAAUGAAUAAAAAUAAUCCCCGUUAUGUUCUCAGAAACUGGAUAGCUCAAAGAGCAAUUUCAGCUGUGGAAAAAAAUGAUUUUGCUUUUGUUCACCGCUUGCAGAAAGUAUUGGAGAAGCCAUUCUCAAAGCAAGAUGAUGCAGAGGUACUUGGGUUUGCCAGUAAACCCCCUCAAUGGGCAGCUAAUCUUUUUGUAAGUUGCUCAUCAUAGAUCAAUGAAUGAUAAUCCUUAUAAUAAUAGGGUUGAGAGUUUGGUGUUUGUUGACAACUUUGUGGGAUCCCACUGUUCCAGGCCUCAAAGUGGUUCACUCUGCUACUAACUGUAGGUGCUGCUCCUCUAUAGGUGAGGUGGCUCCAACCUCUCUUGUGUGUAUUUGAGUUUGAGGGGGGCGGGGGG